AUGGGUUCGGAAACAACCAACAAAUCUUAUCCUCUUCACUUUGUUCUCUUCCCUUUCAUGGCUCAAGGCCAUAUGAUUCCCAUGGUUGAUAUUGCAAGGCUCUUGGCUCAGCGCGGUGUCAUCAUAACAAUUGUCACUACGCCUCACAAUGCGGCGAGGUUCAAGAAUGUCCUAAGCCGGGCUAUCGACUCUGGCUUGCCCAUCAACUUAGUGCAGGUCAAGUUUCCACAUCAAGAAGCUGGUCUGCCAGAAGGACAAGAGAAUCUAGAUUUGCUCGAUUCAAUGGAGUUGAUGAUACCUUUCUUUAAAGCGGUUAACAAGCUCGAGGAACCAGUCCAGAAGCUCAUUGAAGAGAUGAGACCUAGACCAAGCUGUCUAAUUUCUGAUAUGUGUUUGCCUUACACAACCAGAAUCGCCAAGAAGUUCGAUAUACCAAAGAUCCUCUUCCAUGGCAUGUGUUGCUUUUGUCUUCUGUGUAUGCAUGUUUUACGCAAGCACCGUGAGAUCUUGGAUAAUUUGAAGUCAGACAAGGAGUACUUCGUCGUUCCUUAUUUUCCUGAUAAAGUUGAAUUCACACAACCUCAAGUUCCUGUCGAAACAUAUGUUCCUGGAGAUUGGAAAGAGUUCUUGGAUGAUUUGAGAGAAGCGGAUAAGACAUCCUAUGGUGUGAUAGUCAACUCGUUUGAGGAGCUUGAGCCUGCUUAUAUCAAAGACUACAAGGAGGCAAGGUCAGGUAAAGUAUGGUCAAUUGGACCAGUUUCCUUGUGCAAUAAGGUAGGAGCAGACAAAGCUGAGAGGGGAAACAAAUCAGACAUUGAUAAAGAGGAGUGCCUUAAAUGGCUUGAUUCUAAGGAACCGGCUUCUGUGCUCUACGUUUGCCUUGGAAGUAUAUGCAAUCUUCCUCUGUCUCAGCUCAAGGAGCUCGGUCUAGGCCUAGAGGAAUCCAAAAGACCUUUCAUUUGGGUCAUAAGAAGUUGGGAGAAAAACAAAGAGUUAGUUGAGUGGAUCACCAAGAGCGGAUUCGAAGAUAGAAUCAAAGAUAGAGGACUUCUCAUCAGAGGAUGGUCUCCUCAAAUGAUUAUCCUUUCACAUCCUUCAGUUGGAGGGUUCUUAACGCAUUGCGGAUGGAACUCAACUCUUGAAGGGAUAACCUCUGGUCUACCGCUGCUUACAUGGCCGCUAUUCGCAGACCAGUUCUGUAACGAGAAACUGGUCGUGCAAGUGCUAAAAGCCGGCGUGAGCGCUGGAGUUGAGCAGCCUAUGAAAUGGGGAGAAGAAGAGAAAAUAGGAGUGUUGGUGGAUAAAGAAGGAGUGAAGAAAGCAGUGGAAGAAUUAAUGGGUGAGAGUGAUGAUGCUAAAGAGAGAAAAAGAAGAGCCAAAGAACUUGGAGAAUUAGCUCACAAAGCUGUGGAGGAAGGAGGCUCUUCUCAUUCUAACAUCACAUUCUUGUUACAAGAUAUAAUGCAACUAGCACAAUCCAAUAAUUGA